GCUAACUAGUUUGUUCUAACGGCCAGUGUUCCGUUUAAACGUCAACGGUAACUUAAAGACGAAGGACUUGUGCGCACAUAUUCAAACGGCUCUCCACGCCGAUACAGAUAAGGAAGAUCAAGGCAAGGACUCGGACGUCAAGGUCAAGCUGCUCUUGCUCCAAAAUAUGGAUAACCAGCUCCUCAGCCAGUGCCUCAAAGAGAUAGACGGACAAGUUGGGCUGGACCCCGCCGCGGUGAGGAAUGAAGUGGAGCUGUUGAAACUGCUCUGCAGCGAAGGGGAAAAGAGGGUGUUGAAGUCGGUCCGAUACACAUCAGAUUAUGUGUUUCCAAAUGGCUGCCGCACCCCUCCUUGGAGACAGGCCCUUAAUGAGAUUUGUUACCUUGUGAUCGAGCCUUGUGACACCGAGACCCUCCACAUCACCUGCAGCACAGCUGGGUAUUUUCUAAAUGGGGGCAUAAAACAGGAGGGGGAGGAGAGCGGCUACGAGCGAACGAGUGAUACGUACGAAGACCUGGAAGCGCUUCUGAAGAGCACAUCUCCACAUUUUGCCGAGAACACAAACAAGCAGGAGUCUGCAGUUCAAGAACUUCCAUCAACACAAGAGAUCCAGCAUGUGAAAUCGGUUGAUGCGAAGGAACAAGGCCAACCCAAGCUGACUAUGCAGGAUGUGCUCUCGACGCGCUACAAGAAUAAUUUUGAACUAUUUCCGCUGUGGCGCACUCUCGAGUACCGGUGUGGAUUUGGUAAAGCAAAGGAAAAUACAUUUUCUCUCAGUGAGAGCUCUGGAGAGGAGAAGUCUGGUAAAAUACAGAAGAGAACGACGGGAAUGGGAGCCAAGCCCAAGGUGAAAGCAGGCUUCUCUGUGUCCUCUUUACCUGGAUGCAUGUCCUCCCGGAAAAUUGAAGCGGAGAAAAAAAAACUGAGUGAGAGCUCUGGAGAGGAGAAGUCUGGUAAAAUACAGAACAGAACGACGGGAAUGGGAGCCAAGCCCAAGGUGAAAGCAGGCUUCUCAGUGUCCUCUUUACCUGGACGCAUGUCCUCCCGGAAAAUUAAGACCCCAGCAGUAGCCGUGCCAGUGGACGCUUUCAGCGAGACUUCAGAUGAGAGUUCAGAGGAGGAGGAGCCAGCGCGCCGUCAAGACAGUAACACAGCCGAGACUCCUGAAUACUAUCUGAUUCAGAAACUGGUCAAGUACCUCACGCAUGGCAACCAGAUGGUCACUGUGCUCACUCUGUACCACAUGAUGGACUUAAAUUUGAUGCAGGAGGCGUGCCAACUGGCCAUCUGGGACUUAGGUGGCCUUCAAGUCCUCAUUAACUUGCUGGAUACAGUUGAAUACAAAUGCAAAAUUGGAUCUUUGAGAAUCCUGAGGAUUAUAAGUCACAACGUGCACAUCCGUCGAGCCAUUGUAGACAUGAGAGGCCUGAAGGGCAUUGUGAAGACUCUGGACUCGCCAAUCAAGCAACUCAAGGCCUUAGCUGCUGAGACCAUUGCUAACGUGGCCAGGUUCCACAAAGCAAGGAGGAACGUCAGGCGCUAUGACGGUAUCACAAAACUGGUAAAGCUGCUGGACUAUUUCCCCAAUUUAGCCAAAAUGACUGGAUACCAGGAGAAUGACGUGGACGUGGCUCUCUAUGGGGCUCUGGCACUGUGGAGCUGCAGCAAGAGCACCAAGAACAAGGAGGCCAUCUGUAAGGCCGGGGGCAUCCCUCAGCUGGGACGCCUGCUCAAGUCCCCGGAUGAGAACAUGCGUAUUGCUGUGGUGGGCACCCUGCAGGAGUGUGCCUCUGAGGAAAGCUGCAGAAUGGCCAUUCAGACCAAGGACAUGAUCAAGGACCUGCUCAAAAACCUAAGAAGUGACAAUGACGAGUUGCAAAUUCAUUGUGCCAGUGCAAUCUUCAAGUGUGCAGAGGACAAACAAACCCGUGACCUGGUGCCCAUGUACAAAGGUCUGCAGCUGCUGGUUUCGCUGCUGAGCAAGGCAGACAACAAGGAGCUCCUGGCCGCCGUCACUGGAGCCAUCUGGAAGUGUUCCAUCAGUAUGGAGAACAUGGCUAAGUUUCAGGACUACAACACCAUGGAGACCCUGGUUGGCCUGCUGAUUGAUCAGCCCGAGGAAGUUCUGGUAAAUGUAGUGGGAGCCUUGGGAGAGUUUGCCCAGAUACCUGCCAACAAGACCACCAUCCUCAAGUGUGGAGGCAUCAGGUCGCUAAUGAAACUGCUAAAAAAAACAAACCAGAUGCUGCUUGUGAACAUAAGCAAGGUGGUGGGUGCCUGUGCUACUGAUAUGGACUGCAUGGCGAUCAUUGACGAGCUUGAUGGAGUCCGCCUGGUGUGGUCCUUAUUGAAAAACUCCAGUGCAGAUGUUCAGUCCAGUGCUGCAUGGGCCCUUUGUCCGUGCAUCAUGAAUGCAAAGGAUUCAGGGGACUUGGUGCACUCCCUCCUUGGUGCGUUGGACCUGGUUGUUGAGUUGCUGGAGUCAACAAACAAUGAGGUGGUGGUAAGCAUGUGUGCCGUCAUCGCCAAAAUAGCGAUAGUAAAGGAAAAUAUGGCAAUCCUCGCUGAUCUUGGGGUUAUCCAGUUGCUGACCAAGUUGGCGAGCACGACUGAUGACAAGCUCCGUCGCCACCUGGCUGACGCUGUGUGCCAGUGCUGCAUGUGGGGCGACAACAGGACAGCCUUCGGUGAAGCCGUGGCCCCCCUGGUGCGUUUCCUCAAGUCAAAGGACGAGGCAGUCCUCCAGAGCACAGCGUUGGCCCUGUUCGAGCUGUCCUGGAACCCCCACAAUAUCAUUACCAUGCACGAGAGAGGGGUGGUCAAGCCCCUCAUCGAGUGCAUGCACUCUCGCAAUGAGACGCUCCAGGAUGCUGCUGCUGGCUGUGUGCGCAACAUGCGAAUGAUGGCCAAUGCGAAUAGGGACGCCCGAUUAUAUAAGUGA